GUUGCAGAGCGACGGCGUGGCGCCGGCGGCCGCGAGCGAGGUCGAGGUGCCGUCCGACGAGGCAGCCGGCGAGGCGAGGAGCUGUUCCUGCGGAUCUUGCUCGACAUCUUUCUCGAGUGUUACUGGGUGUCCACAUUCUGGGAAGUCAGGGAAGUUGGAACUGGCCAGUGAAAGUUUGAGAAUUUAUUGGCGAUCCUGGAAAAGUCACGGAACUUCCCCAGUGGCAGUAACUUGAAGGGAAAAUGACAUGCUGCAUUCUACCGUCACCCAGAUGGUUUUAGUGCGUUAGUCACACACACUACGUAAUGACAUAUGCUGGUUUGUGUUUGAACUGGGCCAGUUAUAGGGAUGGUGGAGGCUGGAUUGUCACGAGAAGUCAAAGGAAAGAAACUGACGGAACAACGAAAUGUGAGCGAGCCCGAGUCCGCUGCGACGUGCCGUCGCGAGGGGUGAGCAGCCGUCGCUGCGUGUGGCUCUGUCGCAGGAGCCGGGCGGAGGGGCCCAAGGCGUCGCCCCCGGCCAGCUGUCCCCCGGAGACGCCCAGCGCUGCCCCCGUCGCCCCGUCCCCACCCGGCGAGGAUGAUCGCAGGUACUAUGCGGCGGACAGCAAGUGCUACAACGGCGCGGUGAGGGACACGUACAGCUGGGCGCAGAGCAUCACGGACGUGGACAUCGUGGUCCCGGUGCCGCGCGGCGUCACCAAGGGCCGGCAGGUGCGCGUGACGGCGACGGCCGCCAGCCUCGAGGUGUGCGCGCUGCACGGCGGCGAGUGGCGCGCUCUGGCGGCCGGGGAACUGCGCUGGAAGGUGCGCCCUGCGCAGACGCUCUGGAGCCUCGAGCCGGGCGCCCAGGUGCAGGUGCACCUGGAGAAGCUGGAGGAGCGCUGGUGGGACGCGCUGCUGGCCUCGGAGCCCCGCAUCGACAUGGCGGCCAUCGACGCGUCGCGCCCCGUCGAGGACCUGGGCCAGGACGUGGAGAUGAAGCUGCAGGAGGCCGUGUGGAACCAGCGGCGCCGGCAGGAGGGGCUGCCCACCUCGGACCAGCUGGCCCACGCCAGGAUCCUGAAGGAGGCCUGGGACAAGGAGGGGUCUCCCUUCGCGGGCACGCCCUACGACCCGUCCGUGCUGUCAUGCGGGCCCGGCAAGUAGCCGUGCGCUGCACGCCGCCGGACCGAAUGUUGAGGCAGCGUCUUUUAACCUUAUUUAUUGAAGUGACGUUUCUUCAAAUUUUUUUGUAAAGGAAAAAAGGACAAAGUAAAAUCACUGCUUUUGUUUUGUGUUUUUAUUUAUUGUUAAACAUUAUAUUGUAAAUAUUUAAAAAAAAAGCAGAUCUACAUUGCGUGAUGCGUGAUACUGAUGUACAGUACAGAGUAAAUUAUGUUGGCAAUCUUGUUUUAUGAACUGUAAAAAUGUUUUUUUUUAUUGUGUUAAUAAUUUUAUGCCUUUUUGAAUGUGGGAUUGAAAACUUUAAUUGUACCUUGUAGGUCUCGCAAACACCCAAGCAUUUAAAAUUAUUCACUAAGGGACCAAGAAAAUAUCCUGAAAAUCACGAGCGACACAGAAUUUUUUUUUUUUUCCGUUUGAUGAUGAAGGAACUAGGGUUAAGAGAGCGGGGAUGUCUUUUAGAACCAUUUGGCCCGUGGUUUGCUUUCCAUUUCUUCCCGUUUGUUGGUGUGGGAGUUGGAUUGUUUAGGGUUUGUUAUGAUUGCUAGGGGGGAAGACACAUCUCCCCAGCUCCCCACCUGUGUACGCCCAGCUGCAAACAGCAGGCAAGUGAAGUGCAGUACUAGCCAGAGAUGUGUGACAUCUGACAUCCGUAACAAGCAAAUUCACGUAUUCUCACUUUCCAAAUACUAAACAUAUAAUACAGAACUCAGACACGAAAUUUAACGUAGAAUUCUUUAAAUCAAUGCCAAGCGUGAUAAAUGUGUGUCUGUACACACACAUACACACAUAUUGUGUUUUCAACUUUUCAACUCGCUUUCUUGUUGCGAAUCGCACGUAGUUUCUGCACUCAACUAUCAAACCCUUCUAUUUGCAGAGCGAAAGGUGAAAUUUUAUAAUGAAACUUCUUUGAUAAAAGCGAAAAAGACUUGGAAAAAAUUACCAAAUCCAGCUUUGGACAUGAUUUUUUGACAGGGAAUUUUAUCAAUAUACUGAACAACUUGUUAAAAUUCAUUAAACAGUACUACAAAGCUUUUGCCAUCUGCCACAGAAUGGCAGCAUUGCUGUUAGACAUUUCUGUUCCCUGCGAUGUACGUUCCAUUCUCGAAAUCACUUCUACCAAAUGCUGUAUCUGAGAGCUAAGAUGUUACACAUCAAAAAAUUGUGUAAGCAAAUCAUAAUUUUUAAAGUGUAGAAAAGCAAAUUUACUCAAUUUAUUAUGUAGUAAUUGUUUUUAAUUUUCAGUGGUAAUUAUUUAGUCUACAACAUUAAGCUAUUCUAGCUUAAAUUUUUGUUUUUUGACAUCUUAAGUAAUAAUUGAACUAUUGUUUUAUCUGAUAUUUUUUAAGUACAUGCUUAAGUUUGAAAAUUUUUACAUGCCCUACAGUACCUAGUAAUAAAAUAUUUAAAAAAAAAUUAAACUAAUUUCAAACGUCA